GCGCCUCGCUCCCCGCCCGCGCCCGCCGCCCCCUGCGCCGUCGCCCCGGACAACCGCGGGACGCCGGACGGCGCCUCCAGGUCCCUCUCGGGGGCGCGCGCGGGAGGCCUGCAGGAGGCCUGGAUGGAGACCACCGAGGGCCAGAGCCGCUGGUCGGGCGCGUCGGAUGGACCCCGAAAAGGAGAGAAGAAAGUUUUAAAACGAGGGACUUGCCAAGACCUCAGUACUUGUCCCAAAUUAGACAGAUACAAAAUAGCAAGGCAGCUGACGGAGAAAGCCAUCAAGGAAAAGAAGGUCUUCUCCAUCUACGGCCACUACCCUGUGAUCCGGGAGGCCCUGCACAGGAAGGGCUGGGUGGAGAAGAAGUUCCACUUCGUGCCCAAGAAUGCCCCCAGCACGGAGGAGGAGGCCGGGGCCGAGAGCAGGAGUGAGGAGGCCAAGGAGAGCCACGAAGCACCCUCGGAGAAAAUGGAAGACAUCCACGACAUGAUGUCCAGGUUGGUGAAGAAUGAGACGCCGUCCUUGCUCUGGACCAUCAAGCGGGACGUGGUGGACCAGCACAGCCUGGGCAGUGACCAGAUGCUGAACCACUUCGGGAAGACGGCGUCCUUCACCACCAAGAUCGGGCUCUGCCUGACCCUCCGCAGUCUGCCCUGGUACGUGCAGGCCGACCACGACACCUUCUUCCCGCGCUGCUACGGCCUCUGCUCCCAGAGCGAGAAGCAGGACUUCCUGGACGACUUCCGGCGCACGGUGGCCUCCAGCAUCCUCAAGUGGGUGGUCAGCCACCAGAGCAGCCGCCCCAAACACGGGGCCCAGCGCGAGGAGCCCCGGGACCCCGGCGCCAAGAAAGUCCCUGAGGACGAAGAGCAGAGGCCCACAAGCCUCUCGGGACAGCUGGUGGACGCCGCCUGCAGAGUGUGCCAGACGUACCUGGGGCAGCUGGAACACGAGGACAUCGACCUGUCGGAGGAGGCCAGCAGGGACCUCUCCGAGGACGAGUGGAAGGACCUGACCCAGAAGUACUACUCCCUCAUCCAUGGCAAAGCCUUCAUCUCCAACCCGAGGAACCACGUGUCACAGUGUCAGGCUCUGCUGAACAAGAUCUCGUCCGUGAACCCCCAGACAGAGAUCGACGGCCUCCGAAACAUCUGGAUCAUAAAGCCGGCGGCCAAGUCCCGGGGCCGAGACAUCGUGUGCAUGAACCGCGUGGAGGAGAUCCUGGAGCUGGUGGCCGCCGACCACCCGCCCAACAAGGACAACAAGUGGGUGGUGCAGAAGUACAUCGAGACGCCGUUGCUCAUCUACGACACCAAGUUCGACAUCAGACAGUGGUUCCUGGUCACCGACUGGAACCCCCUGACCAUCUGGUUCUACAAGGAGAGCUACCUGCGCUUCUCCACGCAGCGCUUCUCCCUGGACAACCUGGACAGCGCCAUCCACCUGUGCAACAACUCCAUCCAGAAGCGCCUCAAGAACGACAAGGAGCGCAGCCCGCUGCUGCCGUGGCACAACAUGUGGACGAGCACGCGCUUCCAGGAGUACCUGCAGAAGCGCGGCCGCGGCGCGGUGUGGGGCAGCGUCAUCUACCCGGCCAUGAAGCGCGCCAUCGCCAACACCAUGCGCGUGGCGCAGGAUCGCGUGGAGGCGCGCAAGAACAGCUUCGAGCUCUACGGCGCCGACUUUGUGCUGGGCCGCGACUUCAAGCCCUGGCUCAUCGAGAUCAACUCCAGCCCCACCAUGCACCCCUCCACGCCCGUCACGGCGCAGUUGUGCGCGCAGGUGCAGGAGGACACCAUCAAGGUGGUGCUGGACCGCAAGCUGGACCGCGACUGUGACAUCGGCAACUUCGAGCUGCUGUGGAGGCAGCCCGCCGUGGACCUGCCGCCGUUCCACAGCUCCGACCUCUGCGUGGAAGGGUUCAGCAUGAGGAGGACUAAGAAGCCGGUGCUGACCACCGCCACCUUCAGCAUCCCGCCCCCACUCCUGGACAUCCAGCAGCUGAAAGUGAGGUGCCCCUCGGCCGUGCUGGACCUAACUGUGUGCACCCCCUCAGCAGCCGUGCAGCAGGACCCGAGAGGGAGGGAAGCCAAGGGGCUGAGCUGCCGCCCGCCCGAGCCCCUCGUCAAGCCGGCCGAGAGGGGCCUCAGGGGGAAGCCUGGCCACAUGGAGGCCAGUGGCUGCAGGACGAUGCUCCCAGCUUACCUGCAGCUCAUGGACAGCAAGUCUCUGAGAGCAGGGCUGCCCAGGGCCGAAGCCACCAAGCACAGGGACCCGAGCACACUGCACGAGCACCCGCUGGCCUCGAUGCUCCCAAGCGUGAAGGUUGUGGACGGGGCGCUGCUGCAGCCAGCCAGAGUUUCAGGGCUGCCCCCGGACGUCCAGAUGCCGUGCCUGGUGUGCCGCGCAUCGGUGCCGCCCGCCCAGCCCUGCAAGCGCUGCCGCUCCUUCUGCGCGUCCGUCCUGCAGGGCGCUGCCUUUGUGCCGCUCGGCUGCCCCUGGACCCCGUGACGCCGGCCCCGGGC